GACCUAGGACUGUGCCAUCCUCCCAUAAUGGGGGGGGCGGGGCCUGAGUGGUCCCCGCCUACAGAGCCGAGCUCCCCUUGUGAUCCCUUUGUGUGUGUGUCCGGCAGCUCACCCCCUCCCCGGGAGCAUGUCUGUGCAUGGAGACGCUAGGGAAGGAGAGGAUGCCGGGACAGCAGGCAAGUUGUGUGAGGCCCGGCCAUUGCUACUAAGAUCUGUCCCUCGGGCAGGCCCCACACAGGAAAUCUAGACCCUCACACGGAGAGACAGCGGUAAUUGAGAGGCGACACGGGCACUGGGGGGAACAGCGGACUCAUAGGACUGAGAGAUCGGCCUGAAACGCUGAGCUCGGAGAUGGCGACUUUGGAAUCGCUGUUGUUGCUGCUGCUGCUGCUGGCGGGGAUUGUGUUGUCUGCUGAGUGGGAAACAGGAGGAGGCAGCGGCCUGGUCGUUUCUCUGCCCCCGGGCUGUAAGCAGGAAGCCAGGCCCCGGGCAGCGAGCAGGAGUGCGGCCAGUGAAACGGGCAAAGUUGUGUGUAUCGGACUCGGGGCUGACGGGAGUCUUCCCCUGGGGCCCUUCCCCAACAAGACCAGCACCCUAAUUCUCAACAACAAUAAGAUUAGCGAAUUAACCAACGGUUCCUUUGAGGGUCUAAGUUUCCUCGAAAGACUAGAUCUCAGAAAUAACUUGAUUAGUUCUAUUGAACCUGGAGCAUUCCUCGGCCUUGUGUCUCUGAAACGACUAGAUUUAGCAAACAACAGGAUUGGAUGCCUCAAUGCAGACAUAUUUAAAGGCCUCACAAAUUUAGCAAAGCUAAACCUUUCAGGCAAUAUGUUUUCCUCAUUAGCACAGGGAACAUUUCUGAGUCUGGCUUCAUUAAAAUCACUAGAGUUUCAAACAGAUUUCCUUCUCUGUGAUUGUAACCUUCUGUGGAUGCUGCUCUGGAUUAAGGAGAAAAAUAUAACCAUCCGCGAGACGAGAUGUGCCUAUCCCAAGUCUCUCCAAGGGCAGUCAGUAACAUCUCUGAAACAAGAGCAGCUGACAUGCGAAUCUCCCCUUGAGCUGCCAUCUUUUUACAUGACUCCGUCCCACCGCCAGGUUGUCUUCGAAGGGGACAGCCUUCCUUUCCAGUGCAUGGCAUCCUACAUUGAUCAGGACAUGCAGGUUUUAUGGUACCAAGAUGGCAAAAUCGUGGAGACUGAUGAAUCGCAGGGUAUAUUUGUGGAGAAGAACACGAUACACAACUGCUCGUUAAUAGCAAGUGCACUUACAAUUUCCAAUAUCCAAGCUGACUCCACUGGCAACUGGGGAUGCCAAGUCCAAAGCAGACGUGGUAAUAACACCAGAACAGUGGAUAUUGUAGUGCUGGAGAGCUCUGCACAGUACUGCCCUCUCGAAAGGGUGGUAAACAACAAAGGAGAUUUCAGGUGGCCAAGAACAUUGGCAGGCAUCACUGCAUACCUUCUCUGUACCCGUUACUCUGCUGGAAGCGGCAUAUAUCCUGGCAACCAACAAGAUGACAAAAGAGCUUGGCGGCGAUGUGACAGAGGGGGAUUUUGGGCAGAGGAGGACUAUUCCCGGUGCCAGUAUGCAAAUGAUGUCACUCGGGUCCUUUUUAUGUUUAAUCAGAUGCCUCUUAAUCUCACAAAUGCAGUGGCAACGGCAAGGCAGUUACUGGCAUACACGGUAGAAGCAGCAAAUUUUUCAGACAAGAUGGAUGUGAUCUUCGUUGCAGAAAUGAUUGAAAAAUUUGGGCGGUUUGCUGAAAAAUACAAAGAACUUAGCGAUGUAAUGGUGGACAUAGCAAGCAAUAUAAUGCUGGCUGAUGAGCGCGUGUUGUGGAUGGCUCAGAAAGAUGCAAAAGCUUGUAGUCGAAUAGUGCAGUGUCUGCAGCGUAUCGCUACCUAUCGAUUGGCCAAUGCCGUUCAAGUUUACUCCACGUACUCUCCAAACAUUGCUUUAGAAGCAUACGUGAUCAAAUCUGCUCUCUUCACUGGAAUGACCUGCACUGUUUUUCAAAAAGUUGCUGCUGCAGACCGUAUAGUGCAUGCUGACUUCGGCCGACGUGAUCCUGAUGGCAGCCUGGAUAAACAACUGAGCUUCAAGUGCAAUGUGUCCAACACCUUUAGCAGCUUAGCGUUAAAGAACACUGUUGUGGAGGCUUCUAUUCAACUUCCAUCUGCACUUGUGCCCAAAGAGAAGCGAGAACGAAGAGCAAUGGAUGAGUCUUUCUACAAGCUUCAGCUAAUGGCCUUCCGGAAUGGAAAGCUCUUCCCUACCGCAGGGAACUCCUCGCACCUUGCUGAUGACGGGAAGAGACGAACAGUGGUCACACCUGUCAUUCUUGCCAAACUAGACGGGCCGAAUCGAAAUAUUCCCGUCGUCCCUAUUAAUAUAACACUGAGGCGGUUUGCUAGUGGGAAGGAUGCAGUUGCGGCUCAAUGGGAUUUUGAUCUGCUCAAUGGACAAGGCGCAUGGAAGUCAGAAGGCUGCCACAUAAUUGCAUCCGAUGAAAACAUAACCACCAUACAAUGCGCAUCUCUCAGCAACUAUGCAGUACUAAUGGACCUUACAGGAACAGAGAUAUACAGCCACCCAGUCACCUUCUUGCAUCCUGUUGUGUACGCGUCUUCUGUUGUGUUACUUUUGUGCUUGUUGGUGCUUAUCAUCAGUUACUUAUACUUCCACAGUCUGGUACGAAUUAGCCUUAAAAGCUGGCACAUGUUGGUUAACCUCGGCCUUCACGUGUUCCUGACCUGUGCUGUAUAUGUGGGAGGAAUAAAUCAGACCAGAUAUGCCAGCGUAUGUCAAGCGGUUGGAAUCCUUUUACAUUAUUCCACACUUGCUACUGUACUUUGGGUGGGAGUAACUGCUCGAAAUAUAUAUAAACAAGUCACCAAAAAGGCCAAGCGAUAUCAAGACCCGGAUGACUUGCCCCCUCCACCCAGACCAAUGCUCAGGUUUUAUCUGAUUGGUGGAGGAAUCCCAAUUAUUGUAUGUGGCAUAACAGCAGCUGCAAAUAUAAAAAAUUAUGGAAGUCAGCCCAACGCCCCCUACUGCUGGAUGGCGUGGGAACCAAGUCUGGGUGCUUUUUAUGGCCCUACAAGUUUCAUUGUGUUCAUCAAUUGUAUAUACUUCCUCAGCAUAUUUGUUCAACUGAAGCGCCAUCCUGACAGGGUAUUUGAGCUCAAGGAACAGACCGAGGAACAGCAGCGAUUAGCAGCAAGUGAAAGUGGUGAAGGCAAUCAGCAAGACUCACUUUCAGUGUCUUUAGUGUCUACUUCAGCUUUAGAGAAUGAACAGACCUUUCAGGCACAACUUCUUGGUGCCAGCCUUACUUUAUUUCUCUUUGUGUCUCUCUGGGUGUUUGGGGCGUUGGCUGUCUCCUUGUAUUACCCCAUGGACUUAGUAUUCAGCUGCUUCUUUGGAGUGAGUUGUUUAAGCCUCGGUGCCUUUUUAGUUGUACACCAUUGUAUGAACAGAGAAGACUUGAGACGGGCUUUAAUGAACACUUUCUGCCCUGGGAGGAGUACAUAUUCUGUGCAAGUUAAUGUUCCACCAUCUAAUUCUUCUGGGACUAACGGUGAUGCUCCAAAAUGUACAAACAGCAGUGCCGAAUCUUCUUGCACAAAUAAAAGUGCCUCCAGCAUUAAGAAUUCGUCCCAAGGCUGCAAGCUGACCAAUCUUCAAGCAGCGGCAGCACAAUGUAACACUAAUCCUUUGCCGGUAGCCGUAGCCCCUCCGCUUGAUAAUAGUCUAACAGAACAUUCAGUGGACAAUGACAUUAAAAUGCACGUUGCUCCUGUUGAGGUCCAGUACCGGCCCAAUGGUCACCCGUCCCGACAUCACAAAAAUCGAAGUAAAGGUCAUCGCUCGAGUAGACUUACGGUUCUUAGAGAAUAUGCCCAUGAUGUUCCGACAAGCGUGGACGGAAGCGUUCAAAAUAUUGUGCCAAAAACCAGACAGAGUUAUGCAGAAGGCCAUUCGAGGAGCCGGAGAGCUUACUUGGCAUACAGAGAGCGCCAUUUUAACCAGUGCCACCUGGACAGUAGCGAUGCUGGUAGCACCCUUCCCAGAUACAGCAGGAACAUAGAAAAAGUGGCCUCGAACAACAACAAAAAAGACAUUUUGAGAGAGCCAAUCGUUGUGCAACUUGAAAGCCAACAGAGAUCUUACGGUUUAAAUUUGGCAGUGCAGGACGGCCCAGCUAAAGAUGACAUUGCGGAAGAUCCUCCAAUAAAUGCAGACAGUAAUGGAAAUGUCAGGACUGGUCUUUGGAAACAUGAAACUGCCGUGUAGUAUUGUCUUUCAUCCCCUCCAUUCUGGGCAUAUACGUACAAUAGAGGCCUUUCUGCUUUCCAUGGAUUACAACUCCAGUCACCUUCAGCAGGGACGUCUGAGCGUGUAACAGUCCUUGCUGUUGUUGAUGUCAUUGUGGUGGAUUGUGACUUUGAUGUCCAUGUUUUUCACUAAGAGCCAAACACCUAAUGUACCCUAAUCUUCUGCCUAUAGCGUACGGUUGCAGAGUCCAUAAUACAUGAGCCGGAGAACAAAAUACUGCCUGACAUUGUCCUGGGUGUGAGCCAAUCCUCCUACAGACUUUUCAAAACAAAAUGUUUACAGAACUUUUUAUAUGUAAGUUUUUAUGGAAGACGACGAACUUUGAAGAAUACUGUUCUUUCUUACUCUGAAUCACUUUGUGUACUUUGUGUACAAAUUAUGCUAUGUUCGCGUGUGGAUUGUAUUAUUUUUUUACCAUUUUUAAAGAAAACUGAAGAAAACAACUUUUGUAUUUUGACAUAUUAUGAAUGCCUUGUUCCCAGACAGAUUUGUAUUUAAGCGUGUAAUAAACGGCGUUUAUCAUGGUCACAUAAUUUAAA